CAGCAGCAAAUAUGAGCCGAAAGACCGAGCCCAAGCCUAGUACUGCAGCAGAAUUUAAAGUCCUCACGGAAAAAAUGCACCAAUUAUGGGAGCACCGUAGAUCAAUGGAACUAGAGCUCAACGCAGCGAACACGAAUGCUAACAAAAUGAAGCAUAUUCUUAAAUAUGCACGCCGAUCUAUAGAGUUCAAUGUGCUUGUCAGCAAAUUUUUUACAAGGAAGUUCCCAGGUACCAGUGACCAGGAGACCUGGAAUUACCUCCGAGUUAUUCUCCAUAUAAUUUCCAGAGAAUGGGCCAACUUGCAUGACGCAGAGGCCAAUCUUUUUCGCCAAGAAGCAGAGAACAAGACGGACGACAACGGAAACGUCUCUAAAUGAAGAAGAGCCAAAUGAUCUUCAAAAUAUAUAGAUUAAGCUUUUUUCAA